GGCGGCCCAAUGGUGUGGGGCUCCCGUAGGGCGGAAGGCCCGGGCCCUUGGCCGCAUGGGUGUCGCACCAGCAGUGAGGUGGGCCUCCCUCCGACCUCGCCCCUGCCCUUCCCCCCGCCAGCAGCUCGGUCCACAGCCCCGGCCCCCCUCCCGUGGGCCCUGGCUCAGGACCCCUGGGGUCGGAGCUUCGACGAGGGGGUUGUGAGCAGGUGGGAAACCACAGCCGGCGCCGCCUACGGCCCCAAGACCUACGGGGGUUGCUAUGGGCAGCCCACCGCCCUCCCGCCGGCCCGGGCUGAGCGCCUUAUGGGAAUCAAGGGAGCCAGGGACAAGCUGGUCCUCCGCGCCUGGACCUCCCACCAGCGGAAGAGCGAGAUGAGGGCCCGGUACCCGGGCUGGCCCAGCCUCGCCCCGCAGGCGACCUUUGACCCCGGGCCCCUGCCCUUCGGCCUCGCUGACCACCACACCCGAGGUCCCUCCCAGGCCGUAGUCCCCAGCACAGAAAACCCAGCUCUGGCGGGAAGGAUCUAUCACAUCCCAGAGCGCGCCAUCCUCCAUCUACAAGAACCGUACCUCUCCAUCACCGCCCAGGACUUCUCCAGAGCCGACCGGGCCCGCCCGUCCCCGCUGACGGCAGAGACAUCGCAGGUUGGGGGCCCGGUGCCCCUCCACCCGCCCUGGCCCCACUCGGCCGAGUUCCCGCCCCCGCUCCCCAGAGGCCGUAUCGCCCACCUGGGCCCCCUGCGCCCGCCUUGGCAGUGGCGGUCGCUGACGCACGCCUCCUUCACGCCCCCGCUUCACCCGCUCCGGACUCCGGAUCGCUUCUGCCCGCUGGAGCUGCCGUGGGUCGGGCCCCACCGCUGCCCCAGUCCCAAGCUGGCCGCCGUGCCCCACUUUUACCAGCCCGAGAGCACCCGCUACGGCAGCGGGAAGCCCUGUGCCCUCUGAGGGGCCGCGGAUGGGAGCUGCAGGCCGGGGCGCGUGGCAGGCGGGUGGGCAGGCAGCAGGCCGGGGCAGAGGGCGGGCACAGACCGGGACCGCAGCCCCCCGUUCCCGCCCAGAGCCAGGCAACUGCAAGUUUGGUCAGCAGCAGGCUGGGGGCGAAACCUGGGGCCUGGGCUCCUUUUCUAGGGGCCAGGAUUGCCAGGGGCCUGGGAGAAUGGAGGAGGAGGAGGCAGGAGGUGGAGACAAGGCUUGAUGGCCGAGGCACAAACAGCUCCACCGUUGGGGGGAGGGAGGGGAUGGGGACAACAGGCACAGCCCACACUGACUGUCCCCCACUCCCACCCUUCCAACAUGACCAUAUGACCAUUCUCUGGCACAAAGCUCG